CAAGAAAGUUGCACAGCUUCUCUUCUUUUCUUUAGCUCAUUAAAUACAUCUCUCUCUCUCUCUCUAUAAAGAAGUCCAUAAAUGCUCAUUUUUGAGCUUGCUUUGUACCCUUUACUUAGCUAACACAAUUCUUGUACUCUUGUUUACUUCUUCUUCUGGUUUCUUGAACAAGCAAAUGAGUAGUUGUUUUUGGUGAGGACUUUUGUCCAGUUUCACCCUCCUUCUUGGAGCUCCGGUUAUGCUCAAAAUGGAGAGGUCUAUUUGGUUCAGUUUCUUAAUGGGGGUGUUAUUUUUGGUGAAUUUUGUGGGUUGUGGCUGGUCUCAAGAGAAUGCUGAUUCAGCUACUGCGUCAGUGUAUAUUGUGACUCUGAAAAAACCUCCUAUUUCUCAUUUUUAUGGAGAACUGAGGGUGAAGAAUCAACACCACUCCACAAAUGGUAGAGUUACCAGACUGGACAUACCAAGCAAUGUUUCGCAUAUAGAUCGAAUGAAUGGUUCCUACGUUUCUCAAAUGCAUGAUUCUUUAUUGAGGAGGGCAUUAAGAGGAGAAAAGUAUCUAAAAGUUUGCAGCUACCACUACUUGAUCAAUGGAUUUGCUGUGCUUGUAACACCUCUGCAGGCUUUCAAGCUUGCAAGGAGGAGAGAAGUGUCAAAUAUUGUUUUGGAUUUCUCCGUCAGAACUGCUACUACACAUACACCAGAGUUCCUAGGUCUACCUCGUGGGGCAUGGGCUCAAGAAGGUGGAUAUCGAACUGCGGGGGAAGGCGUUGUGAUUGGUUUCAUUGACACUGGAAUUGAUCCUACACACCCCAGCUUUUCCGAUAAUUCACAUGAGCAAACAUAUCCUGUUCCCGAGCACUUUUCUGGCAUUUGUGAGGUCACUCAAGAUUUUCCAUCCGGAUCUUGCAACAGGAAGCUUGUCGGUGCCCGUCAUUUUGCAGCAUCUGCUAUAACCAGGGGGAUAUUUAAUGCAACUAAGGACUAUGCUUCUCCUUUUGAUGGUGAUGGUCACGGAACGCAUACAGCUUCUAUUGCGGCAGGGAACCAUGGGAUCCCCGUUAUUGUAGCUGGACAUAACUUUGGAAAUGCUAGUGGAAUGGCUCCUCAUUCACACAUUGCAGUUUACAAGGCAUUAUACAAGAGUUUCGGUGGCUUUGCUGCAGAUGUCGUUGCUGCCAUAGACCAGAGAGGAAAGGAAACAGAUAUACUGCAGAUUUUGUUAGCAUAUCUUGGGAAAAUAAUAGAAUGGAAAGCAGGUCAAGUUUCUAAGGAUGGAGGGCACAUUCAUUUGUCCUCAUAUAUAUNCAUUUUUGUAGUACAAGCAGCUGGCAAUACUGGACCAUCACCUAAGACUGUUGCUUCCUUCAGCCCAUGGAUCUUCACUGUCGGUGCUUCAACCCAUGACAGGGUUUACAGUAACUCUAUAGUGCUGGGCAACAACAUCACCAUAUCUGGAGUUGGACUUGCGCCUGGAACCGAUGGCAUGUACACGCUGGUUUCUGCAAUUCAUGCUUUGAAUGAUACAGCUGCUAAAGAUAUGUAUGUCAGUGAAUGCCAAGAUGCCAGUAAGUUUAAUCAAACUCUCGUUCAAGGGAAUCUCUUACUUUGUAGCUACUCCAUCCGGUUUGUGCUUGGGCUUUCCACCAUUAAACAGGCCUCGGAAACUGCUGAGAACCUUAGUGCAGCUGGAGUUGUAUUUUCCAUGGAUCCUUUUGUUAUCAGUUUUCAACUUAAUCCGGUUCCAAUGAGAUUGCCUGGAAUUAUAAUUCCUUCCCAAGAUGAUUCUAAGAUUUUACUUCAGUACUACAAUUCUUCACUGGAGGAAGAUGAAACUACAAAGAAAAUUGUUAAGUUUGGGGCAGUAGCCCGCAUUUCAGGGGGAAUAAAAGCUAAUUUCAGCUUAUCUGCUCCGAAGGUUAUGUACUAUUCUGCAAGGGGACCAGAUCCAGAAGACAGUUCUGUGGAUGAUGCAGACAUAUUGAAACCCAACCUAGUUGCUCCAGGAAAUUCUGUAUGGGCUGCUUGGAGUUCCCAUGGUGCUGAAUCGAUUGAAUUUCAAGGUGAAAGCUUUGCAAUGAUGUCCGGUACAAGCAUGGCUGCGCCCCAUAUUGCUGGUUUAGCAGCCUUGAUUAAGCAAAGAUUCCCCACCUUUAGUCCUGCUGCAAUUGGAUCUGCCCUUUCUACAACAGCCUCUCUCCGUAAUAAAUAUGGGGGCCCAAUAUUAGCCCAGCGUGCAUAUGCUAACCCAGAUUCAAACCAGUCUCCUGCAACACCUUUUGACAUGGGAAGUGGAUUCGUGAAUGCUACUGCAGCACUGGAUCCAGGCCUUAUUCUUGAUACAAGUUAUAACGACUACAUGGCAUUCCUCUGUGGCAUAAAUGGAUCAGCUCCUGUGCUUCUGAACUACACUGGUGAGAGCUGUGGGGUCUCUACUAUGAAUGGAAUUGACCUGAACAUGCCUUCAAUCACAAUAUCAAAGCUGAACCAAUCAAGAAAAGUUCAAAGAGCAAUGACCAACAUAGCUGGCAAUGAAACAUAUAUCGUCGGUUGGAGUGCACCUUAUGGAGUUUCUGUUAAGGUUAUCCCAAAGCGAUUUUUUGUUGCAAGUGGACAGCAGCAGGUCUUGAAUGUGUUCUUCAACGCUACCAUGAAUAAUAGUACAGCAAGCUUUGGAAGAAUUGGACUAGUGGGAAAUCAAGGUCAUGUUGUAAACAUUCCUUUGUCGGUCAUAGUAAAAAUCUCAUACCACUCAACUAACAGCUGAUGAUAUCUCUGAUUUUGUUAGGAAUUCAAUUAUUUGAUUUGUCAGGCUCUGUAAAUGUGUUUCUAAUGUAGGUAGGUUGGUAGGUAUCCGUUGAGUGAUGAUAAUUUUCAGUUCCUCAAUCACAAUCUCUCCCUAUAUAUUUAUAAUUCGAAGUAAGAAUUUUGUAUGCAA